ACAGAAUUACUCGAAAGACGCCGUAAAUCACGUGCAGAAGUAUUUGAUGCGAAAUGAAGUACCCGUCACUCUAUUCCAGCCCUACAUCGAGGAAAUCUAUAGCCAUUUACGAGUCGAUAUAUUUAGGAAAUUUAUUGAAAGUGACAAAUACACGCGAUUCUGUCAGUGGAAGAAUCUGGAGCUCAAUAUACAGCUCACGAUGAAUGACUUCUCGGUGCACCGGAUCAUCGGUAGGGGUGGCUUCGGCGAGGUGUACGGGUGCCGGAAGGCUGACACCGGCAAAAUGUAUGCAAUGAAAUGCUUGGAUAAGAAGCGCAUCAAAAUGAAGCAGGGUGAAACGCUGGCCCUCAACGAGCGUAUCAUGUUAUCACUAGUCAGCACCGGGGAGGACUGCCCGUUCAUCGUGUGUAUGACAUAUGCCUUUCAAACGCCCGACAAAUUAUGUUUUAUACUGGACCUCAUGAAUGGUGGGGACCUUCACUACCACUUAUCACAACACGGAGUCUUCACCGAACAAGAGAUGAGAUUUUAUGCAUCAGAAGUGAUAUUAGGUUUGGAUCACAUGCACCGGCGGUUUGUCGUCUAUAGGGAUCUUAAACCGGCAAAUAUAUUACUCGAUGAGCAUGGUCACGUGCGCAUAUCGGACCUGGGUCUGGCCUGUGAUUUCUCCAAGAAGAAACCUCACGCCUCCGUAGGAACACAUGGCUAUAUGGCUCCAGAAGUGCUAUCAAAGGGGACCGCAUACGACUCAAGUGCCGAUUGGUUUUCGUUGGGAUGUAUGCUCUAUAAGCUAUUAAAAGGGCACAGUCCGUUCCGUCAGCACAAGACUAAAGACAAACACGAAAUCGAUAGGAUGACAAUGACUAUGACCGUAGAGCUUCCCGACACGUUCACACCGGAACUGAAAGUCCUGUUGGAGUUACUGCUGCACCGGGACGUCGACAAGCGGAUGGGCUGUAAGGGAAGGGGCGCCGAGGAAGUGAAAGAGCACCCGUUCUUUAACGGCAUCGACUGGCAGUUGGUGUACCUCCAGAAAUACCCGCCCCCUCUGAUCCCGCCGAGGGGUGAGGUGAACGCCGCCGACGCCUUCGACAUCGGCUCGUUCGACGAGGAGGACACCAAAGGCAUCAAACUGACGGAAGCCGAUCAGGAGCUCUACAAGAACUUCCCGGUCGUCAUCAGCGAGCGGUGGCAACAGGAGAUCGCGGAGACGGUCUUCGAGACCAUCAACUCAGAGGCGGAUAAGAUGGAGCAGAAGAAGAGGGCGAAGAGUAAGAACAAGUUUGAAGACGAGAAGGAGUCCGACUGUAUAAUACACGGGUAUAUUAAGAAGUUGGGCGGACCCUUCGCCAGCGCCUGGCAGACCCGGUAUGGGAAACUGUAUCCCAAUCGACUGGAACUCCAUUCCGAGUCCGGAAGUGCCAAACCUGAGGUCUGUGCCGGAGAUGUGUUUGUGUUUUGUUGCGGGGGUUUUGUUGUUGAGGGCUUAGGAGGGGUGGUUGCAUAUGAUAUAUCUCUUAAAUUGCAGUUAAUAUUUAUGGACCAAAUAGAGGACGUGUGUAGUGAUUACGUGCAAAUCAAAGGCGAACAAUCAAUAGUACUUAAAAUGAAAGUCGAGAGGGAAAAGGACGCCAAAGUUGUGCUCACUAAUCCCGACGAAAUAGGACUCAAGGAAUGGCUCAUCUCAUUGAAGUCAACCCAUAAGAACUCAUUGGAACUGUUGAGUAGUAUGGCUAAGAAGGCCACCAAAAUCUACGGCACAGUAGACAACAGGACAGUGACAUUAAACCCAUCGGCCACUGGGCCCCAGACCACGCCAUCCCAUCAAACGGCCGGCGCCGUACUCAACAGCCGUAACGGCAACUGAGUGGACAGUCUGUUAUGAGUGCCCUCACCGACCGCUACAAUGACAUAGAAAUACGAGAAUAAUAUUUAUUAUUAUUUAUAAUAAUUAUUGUAAUAAUAAUUGUUUACGACUUCUGUGAAUACGAAAACACAAAGUACUGAUAAAAAAGACUACAGAAAACACAGACUUAAAUACACUUCACAUUUCACACCACAAAACUGAGACAUAAGAUAAGAAAAAAGUCUUCUAAUGUUUGCCAUACCUAUGAAGAUGUCAUCAAAUUGUUGUUGUGUUGAACACCACGCCAUCGCUUCGCCACCCACUCUAUCAUCACUUGAUUUUUGUUUGUUUUUUAGUGUUAUUCUUGUGUUUUCUCUCUCUCUCUCUCUGUCUCUCUGGACAUCAAACGGCUCGACACACGACUGUCUAUCGCUCUCUCCGCUCAUUCUCCUCUCUCUCUCUCUCUCUCCCGAACCUCUCUGUACUCUCUUUCUCUCUCUCUUCAAGUCUCUUCUAUUCUCUCUCACGAACUCAUUCACAAUCGCCGGACAGACACUUAAAACCAUUUCUCAAUUAAGUUUUUGGUCGACAAAACAGGUGACAAAUGCAAAGCAAAUGUUCAAUUCGUUUCGUGUGUCUCUCAAACUCCUGUUAAAUAUAUCGUAUCCACCGAUCAAUCGCUUGCUUUCACACGUCGUUUGGUUUUUUCCACAACUCUUUUUUGAAUACCAAAAGAAUAUUAUUAAAGAAUUUCGGAUUAUUUAUUAACGAAAUUAAUUAAUAAUUAAUAACUAAUUAAUAAAACAAAAACGAAGAGAGGAUACCAUUUGAGGAAAAAACAGAUUUUUUAAAUAACUUCUAAAUAUAUUCUCUUAACAAAAGUUUAAAUGUAUUGUCAGUCUGUGUGCGGGUCUCUCAAGACUACUCAACCGGACAACAAGUCUCCUGUUUUUUAUUAUUCAACAAAAGAUUAGUUGUUUUUCUAUUAAAUUCUUCGUUCACUUCGGACUCCGACACCCAAACAAACACUUCAACACAAACACCGAUAAACUACAUCAACAAACACCGGGACUACCGCUCGGGUCGUGGGAUUUAUUUGUGCGUAAAAUUUAUGUGAAUUUUAAAUUUUAAUGACACGAAUGGCGACCAGGAAUUGACCACUACUUAUACAUAUAUCUAUAUAUAUACACCGAAAAAAGUAUAUGUAUUUUACGACAAAGAAUAACACACUGUUUGAUAUGAGAAUUGCCCUAAAAAUUCAAAUCUCUUUUUGCAAUACGAAUAUUCUUGUGCUUAUAUUUCUGUACCCUUUUUAAAUGGUAUAUAUAUCUGUUUUUGACACCAAUUUUUUGGGUUUUUAAUUGUUUUCAAACAAAAACUUCUUUCUCUCUCUCUAUUUCUCUCUCUUUAUAUGAAAAACCAAACAAAAUGUGAAAUAAGUUUCUAAACGACACA